AUGCCAUCGCCGUCGGGGUCGGGGUCUGCUAAGUCCGGCUCGACCUUCGGCAACGAUCUCUUCGGGUAUCUUAUCCACUUAGCUACCCUUUACCAACGCCCUCCAGGCAAGCUAGUGUUCCUCGGCACUUUCAUCUUGGGUGCUCUGUUCGAAGAGCUCUACAAGGAUCCUGCGGUUGUAGCAUAUGUGUAUAGCAGACUCAACGGCAUCGGCAAGGUCUUCAUCAACCGUCUCAUACUAGUACAUCGUCCAAUCCAACAAGGCGUUAUACGCCAUUGGAUAUCCUCCUUGCAUGACUCCGACCACUCAAAGUACCGCGCCGCCUUGUCUCAGCUCACCAAGCUGCAUAUCUUGCUGAUGGACCCCAAGGGCCAGCACUUACGAAUGAGCUCCAAUUUUCGACAGCGGCUCCACGAGGUUUUCCUCAAGAAUACGAGUGAUGACCACCAGUCACCACCGUGGGAGAUCCUAGAGGAGGCCAAGGUUGACGUAUCCAAGGUCGACGGAGUGCUCACCAACGGUGGAGCUCCACGAGAUGCCGGUAUGAACAGAUUGGACGAGUACGCUGCCCUACGGUGGGAGUAUGUUUUGGAGGCGAUGGUUGAUGGGAUGACCGCGGCUGUGGGGGACGCGUCACUUCGGCCGGAAGGAGCCCGACAAGGUCUGUCCGGGAUCGUUGGUAUGAGCAGUACCAGCACAUCUACGGGGCAGCUCUUCCAGUUCGUAUUGGCCUCACGGACGAGCCAGUAUUGGGAGCUCGUCCGAAGAGCCUUUGAUAUGAUCGAACGGCAACAUGGAAUACAGUCACUGUUAGCUCCAAUAAGGAUGGUGGUGGCCCUCACUAGGUCCAUCAAGCAUGAACCAGAGCGACUGCUCCCCGGCACUCGCAUCCGUGUCAAUCCUCAAUGUAUGGCGACUCCUGGAGCCAAGGGGGCCGUAACGACUCUCCUCGAGACCCUAGCCGACCUUGGGAUCGUGGUCCCUGCUACCUAUGAUGAUGAGCUUAGGAAAGUAGCCGCCUUGCAGAGGCAAUACGGUGAAUCCGUGAAGUACGAGUUGCCUUUGGUGAGCUCGGACUCCAGGAUGGUUGUAUCCAGUUUGGUGUACGUCAUGCAAGCUAGUCGGUCGAAGAUGAUGAUGAGUGUUGAUGAUACCACCGCUAUCACCAACAAGUCUUGCAGGCUCUUCGUGGAUAGUAACUUUGCGGUUACUGCAUAUACGACGUCGAGUUUGGAUCUGCGUCUCCUCGGUACAUUCGUACAGCUACAGCGACAGCUUGGUGAUGGUAGGGAGUAUGACCCUAACGACUUUGGCUGCGUCCUGGGUACUUUGACGCAGAGUUCCGUUCAGUCGGCAGCUCAGAGAGGUGUCACUUCUGAGUACAUCAUUUCCUAUCUCAAGAGUCAUGUGGACCCUCGAGCCGCUCACAUGGGUUCGCAAGGUGGCCGGUCCUCAGCUGCUACAGCCAACACUGGUGCUGCACGAGGCGAGAAGUUCAUCGAUGGAAUACCAGCCAAUGUGGUGACACAGAUCACUCUAUGGGAGAGGGAGGCCAUUCACAACAGGCUACGCAUAGAUCCUGGCGUGGCCAUCCAGAACCCGGCGGCUACCACUGCUAUGGACCAAUUCACCGGGAUGACUCAAUCUGAGGAAGCUGCCAAAUACGUUACGCGGAUGAUGCAGGCUUGCGGGGUAUAUUACGAGAGAACCUUCGGCGUGUCUGUGGAGUCAAGCGACGAGUAA